AUGCAAAAUUCAUUGAACAGGAACACUCCAAUUAACCUCAGUGAGCUUUGGCUCAUGUUCUAUGGAGCUGAUUCUUCUACUUUUGAAGUCAGUGGCAAAACUCCCAUUGACUUCAAAGGCUUUCUCUUGGCAGCGGCAGCCCUGACAUUGCUCCUCGGGACCAGAGCUGUCCCCCUCCCGGAUUCCUCCGGGGAAGAGGAACUUGUUGAUGCCCUGGACUCGCUUGCCAGAAGCUCCCUGCUGUCCGACUGCGAGUCCCUGGCGUGGCUGCUGCACAGCAAAGCGGCCAAUCUGAAGGACGAGAUGUGUGAGAAAUUUACCGUGUGUGAUAACAGUAUGGAGAUGCUUGCCCAAAAUAAUCUGAACCUCCCCAAGAUCACAGAGGAAGAUGGAUGUCUACUCUCUGGAUUCAAUGAGGAAAAAUGCUUGAGAGGAAUCUCCAGUGGACUUUUUACAUUUCAGACAUACCUGGAAUAUGUACGAGAGACAUUUAUUAGUGAAAAGCAAAAAGUGGAAUCCAUAUAUUAUGGUACAAAGCAUCUGGCAAAUACUGUGAGACAGAUGAUGAAAAAUCCUGAUGCAGUGAUCGUGCCAGACCCAGCUACCCAGAGCACACUUUUUGAAAAACUGAAGUCAAAUAAAAAAUGGAUAGAGAAAAUCAGCACCCAUCUCAUCCUCCGGGACUUUACUUCAUUCAUGGAGAAAACUGUGAGGGCUGUUCGAUAUCUGAAAAACACCAGAAAUCUCAGUGUUUGAAUGUUUUAAUUCAGGCACAUUCCUUCAUCACAAAAUCUGUCAUGUGGCAGAUGACAGUGUUGUUCUAUUUUAAGAACCAGAAGUAAUCAGAAUAGUUUAUAUUUUAUUAAGAUUUCCUU